AUGUGGACGCCUGUUCAAGGGUUCUUUAUCUUUAAACUGGACUUGAACUGGAGACCUUUCAAACAGGGGGCUGUACACUGUGGGUUGGUGGACCCACUUGACCACUUGAAAGUGGUCAAGGGGAAUGCAGAAGAUAGAAAAGAGCAUGAGAAGUAUACUGAGGGGACACACUUGAUGCUAUUGCUCCAGCAUGUGAAACAGCUGAAGGCAAGCUUGCACCCUUCCUACUGCACACUUGAUACGCACUUGAUUGAUUCCAAUGUUCUGAUGAGGUUCUUCUUGAGCAUGAAACUGCAGGGGGCUUUGGCCACGGACUGUUCCUCCAGGCUCCCUCUGUGUGAGAGGGGGACGAAGGCUCGCAGGCACUCAUGGACAGCCAAUGGGGACUCCUUGCUGGAAGGCAAGCUGCAGGUCUUUGAGAACAUUGAGUCUGUGCUGAGCAAGGAGAUGGUUGCCUCUUGGCAGAAGAUUGUGGCAUUCCGGAGCCAGAGCAGCCUUGACCAGGAUAUGAUCCGUGGCUUGGAGCUGAAGGCUUGCAUCUCUCAACCCAAAAUAAUAGUCUUAUUUUCUCCAGCGAUGCCUUCUGCAGAAAGAUGCAGCUUUGAGCUGGUUGGAGCAGAGACUUCUGUCACCAGAGCAAGUGUCCUAGGAUGGUGUCUUUCUGUGGAAGGCUAUGGAUGUGCAUCAGAGGUGCUACGAAGAUGUGUGCGGGAAGCAUUCUACACUUUGCAAUAUGGCGGCAAGCUCUGCAUGAGGAUUUACCUGAAUGGUGAAGGGAGAAACACACCUCUCACUCUUUCUGGUGCUACUGCGGAACAUGAUGCUGUUCUGCAGUGGCCUUUUGUCCACAAGGUAACCUUUACAUUACUUGGUCAGAAUGAUGGAGACCAUCUUGUCAAUACUCUCCACCCAGAUCUAGAGUCUUCUUCCUUACAGAAGCCUGUGGCUGAUAUGAAUGAGUCAGUUGGCUUCCCCAGGUUUGGUCCUUUGGCCAAACUACAUUCUGUGAAACAUGCCUAUUUAAGAGAGGGCACUCUGUUCCUCAAGUGUGCUACAGAAGCCAGAUCAUGA